CGUCCCUGCUGCUGCUGUUAGCUAAACAAACAGAGGAUGUAGCAUUUAGCAGCGCCUUGGUUCGUUUUAGAUUAAAUUCGCUGGUAAAAGGACGUAAUUAUCAGUAUUAUUUUAAACCCUCAUAUAUUACCUUGUAUGAUCCAGCAUGGCUACGUGUAUUCCCUUCCAAAGCCAGUUAUCUUCGAUCAUGGAGGUUCUGGUGAAAACAGCAGUAGCAGAAAUCUCCAAACUCGUCGACGAUAAAUGUGCGUUUUUACAUCUGGAAAUAUCUCGAAAACAAACCGAGAACGAGUUGCUGAAAAGAAAAUUACUCAUGAUGGAGAAUAAAAGAUCGCAGCUGAAACGAGGAUUUGAAAACUACAGCGGAACCGACGUGAGCUCAAACUGUCCCCGGCCGGCCUCAGGGAUGAAGUUCCCUGAGAUUGAAGAAGCAGGUUUUUCUUUCACGAUUAAAGAGGAGAGUCCAGAUGAGACGCUGUGGAUCAGUGAUGCCACUGAACCCACCGGUCCUGCAGUCCAGUACUCAAAUCCAGCUGCUGCAGAGAGUCAACAGUUUGAUGAGGACCAUCAGUUAACCCAUUCUGAGGUCACCAGGCAGACGGAUACCGAGUUCAGAGACUCAUACACCUCGAGUCAUCACGCAGUAGAGGUCAGCGGUCUUCAUUUCACCGUGAAGAUGGAGAAGGAUGAGGACCGGUCUGGAUUUAGUCAGGACAGAUGCCAGCACAGCACAGGAAAACAGAACCAGCAUCCUUCAGACUUUUCCAUCGAUGAACGAGAGAACCAGCUGUGGUCGUCUAUAAUUGAGGGAAACGACAUUGACGGUGGUUUUCCUGAGUUUUCCAGCGUGGUGGAGGAAUAUUCCAACACGUUCCCAGACCACUCGGAUGCUCACGUGGUUUUGAGCACAGCCAAGGUGGCCGGCGUCCAACAGGUGUCCUCUCAGAGGUCGUGUAAUGGAUUAUACAACAGCGACGCUCAGCAGUCAUCCAGUUUUCAGCCCAGACUUCAGGUGGUGUCACAGGAGGACCGGCAGAAGGACCAGGUUUACUCACAGAGGAACUCCUCCCACGUGACGCAUUUGAGGCAGGCAGAAGAUCGGCCCGAGAGAGAGCCUUCAGCCUCGGACAGACCGGCUCUAACGCACGCACACAACACGUUCUCGCCAAGCGGCUGUCACCCACACUCCGCCCACAGGCCGCUCUCUGCCGCGGUUCGGGGCUACGGCUGCAUGCAGUGCGGAAAGACGUUUGGCCGCCUGCACCAGUUCAAACUGCACCAGCAGAGCCACAAGAGGAAGCGGGCGUUCUGGUGCACUGUGUGCGGGAAAAGCUUCCAGUGUUCGUCCCACCUCAGCAUUCACCACCGGACCCACACGGGUGAGAAGCCGUACGGCUGCGGACUGUGCGGCAAGAGGUUCACGCAGCAGAGCAGCCUGAGGGUGCACCAGCGCACGCACAGUGGGGAGAGACCAUACAGCUGCUCCCAGUGUGGCAAGACCUUCAUCCUGAUGCACCACUUGAAGCGCCACAGGAUCAUUCACACGUACAGCUGAGGUGAAGAAAUACAGAGUCACCCGACCGAGUCCAGACAAAACCACACUUCAGAGUGCAUUGUUUGUCCUCUCCCGUUUGUCUUUGCGUCCACGCUAAAGGGCUCCAUACCUCAAAUGUUUACAUUUUUGUACGUCAUACUGUUCAUUUGUGACCCUGUAUACUGACUGAGUAAUUGGCUGAGAAUGCGACCGCCAUCUAGUGUCAGUCCACAGUGACACAUCAACUUUAUUCUCACAUUUAUGCAGAAACUAGAGCCCCGUCUACAUAUCGGUUGGCUGACCACCAUCUAGUGUCCGUCCACAGUGAGACAUCAACUUUAUUCUCACAUUUAUGCAGAAACUAGAGCCCCGUCUACAUAUCGGUUGGCUGUUAGCGAGGCUCCAUGCUUGGCUCCAGAGGUCACCUUCCAUGCCAGGCAAGGUGGAGGUCAGAACUACUUGCUGCAUGGUUAGUAAACCAGUUUAACCAAAUUAUCAAAAUGUGUAUCAUAUUGAGUAUCUGGUGAACCUCCUAGAUAUUGCACCAUGCAUUACAUGGGGGGGUCACCUCGAAUAAAAGCUACUCCUUUCAAUUUUUUACACAUAAUGAUAAGUCACGAAUGCCACGAAGUACACAUUCUUGGCCGUUGAUCACGAAUGUGAUGAUUCGGGGCAGAGGCGUCAGGUGUCCUCGGGAACUGCUGCAACUUACCACACGUUACGAUUAAUGGCACGUGUUGCUGGAGAAUUAUCAGGAACCAUUACGCACGGUCGAGAAUAAUGAUCUGCGCCGUUGCGCUCGUUCCAAUGAGCACUGUUGCGCAUCGAUGCGUUCUGUCACGUGAAUGAGACAAAUUGUCUCCACACACACACACACACACAUGCAUAUUCAUCCUAUCAUCAGCUUCUGAGCAGUUGAGAUCGCUCCAGAUUGCUCCUCAAAAUCUAGAUUAAUCCAGAGUCAAAGAACUUUGUGACUGCAUGCUUAGUUGAGCUCUAUGUCAUGGAGUGGUGCAGAGAGGAGGAGGAGACUGAGAGCCAGAUGUGUGGCUUCACGUGGUUCUCGUCUUGCUCAUUUACCCAAACGUCAGGCGCAGCAGCAGCAGGUGGAACACCUGCAGGAGCACACUGAUGAGCAUUGGAACGAGACUGCAGCAUACUGCAGCAAUGAAACUGAAUGUGGUGCGCAUGUCAGAGAAGAACAC